AUGAUUAAUUUUAAGUUUAUUAUAUCAUGUUUGUUGAUAAUUGUCAUGAAUGAUUGUGUUUCGAAAAUUGUGAAUCAAAAUAAUUUUCAGUUAAAAUUUGUUUUCAUAGUAAGUAUUAUUUAAAUAUUUGUGUACACGACUUGAUUAUUAUUGGGACACCAUAUUAUUAUUUUAGUAUAAAUCAUAAUUAUUUAACUAUAAGAUAUAAAUGUCAUAUCUGUAAUUAAUAUAAGUGUUGCAUGAAUAUUAUGUUCGAUGGCAUACAUUUUAAAUAAAUAAACACAUAGUAUAAACUUGGUUAAAUCAAAUUAAAUUAUUUACUUUUUGAUUUCCUUAAUUCUAACCUAUCUGUUCGUAUCGGUGGUUCUUAGCCAUUUUUGAAUGACGAAACACGAGACAGCCGUAGAAAAAAACAAAAAAUCAAAACGGUAUUUAUGCAGAUUUUCCAUUUUUUUUUUUCUAUCGAUUUUGAAAUUUACGCGGAACGCUUAUUCUAAAUCCACGGAACACCGGUUAAGAACCACUGGUCAAUGUGCACGUUUGUCCGGGCAAUUUAAACUACGGAUAUGAACAAAUUUUAAUUAUAGACGAAUUAUGGUGCAUUAUUAACACGCCGCUCGCCGUACCGCCACACUAAUACGCCACCAUGCUACACUAUUCUCCUCCAACCAAAAACUUAAAAGUGGAAUAUCCCUUCAACGGAAAUCAUACAAUUUUAACACUAAAAUUUAUUUUCACUAAUACUCCAUUUGUUUAUGGCAUUUUUAAUAUAGGUUGCCAUUUGAAAAUCAAAAGUAGGUAGCGGUUUUACCCCCCAAAAAUAAGGUUGUCAAAAAAAUAACACAAAUAUAAAAUCGUAGAGCAGCUUGUUUCUUAAAUGUUCUAAACAACGAAUUCCGGAAAACGUUAAUGCUUUCCGACAUAGUGAGUGCGCCCACUUAAAUGAAUCACCCGGUGGUAUGUGUAAUAUACAAGUUAGGUAAUAAUUAAAAAUUGCUUAAUUUACUUGGUAUUCAUGGCUUAAAUUUCCCGGGAUUCCACAUUGCCCGUGACAUAAAUAAUUUAUAAGAUGUGAAAAUGAGAACGGUCCCGGGAACCACUCGUCGUAUUUUUUUUUUUUUUUUUAAACAAAAGAACAGGUCCAUGGUUCUAAACAUGAUUUCAAUAUUGUCUAAGUUGAUGGAAAAUUUGAGAUAUUAACUUUUAAAAUACGCUCUAGAGUUUAUACCACUAUAAACGCUUUAUGAUUCGAAAAAAACAUCAUCGCGCGUUAUACGUUUUACAAAAACCGUUUUGCUCUACUUUUACUUAAUUAAAUAUUCGCUGAUUAUAAUUCGUACGCAUUUAAUCUGUUUUAUUCGCUUUUUACCUAACGGAUGGUCCACACGCGAAAAUGCCUUCCUAACACAUAACAACUAUCAACUUGGCGUGCAAAUAGGAUGUUAUUUGGGCCGAAGAGAGUAAGUGUGAAGGGAGGAGGAAAGGAAAGUAGGUGAAGGGAGAGUAGGGGGCUACGUAGGCACGGUCAAAGCAGUACAUGGGGUGGUAACUGUAAUGGAGGCGGGGGUGUAUAACUAUAGUGAUCAGAAUGAAAUAAAAACGAAAAAUAUGUGUUAUUAGGUGAACCAGGCGAGAAACUUUUUUACUGCACGGAAAAAACAAAAGAGCUAAUACUGGGAACGGGUGUGCUACUGUUGUACAGAUAUUGUUGACAUUUAAACGAAGAUCGUAAAAGUCACGAAAUUUUGAAAUAUGUUCAAUUUAGGUUAAAUAGUAGUACACCCGUCAGCAGUAUUAGCUCUUUUUAAAAUUCUAGUUAGGUUUGCAUGUUAUUUUAUUGUUAAAGAAAAAUUACGAUUCCAACAUUUAUCUGAUGGCUUCUUUUUUUCGGGGAGACCCUCCCCCGCCUUAAUCCGCAUCUGCUUAUAGUGUGUCCCACCAUGUUCGACGGAUUUUUUUCUAGAGCUGUUAGUUUUAAAUAUUUUUCAGUUUUUUUUUUUUUUAUCAAUCGGUUCGUCUCCGAGGCGGACAUCGAUUUUUAUUAAAUAUUAAUUGCUUUUUUCACAAUUAUUUUCUAGAAAUUAAAACAGCUAUUACUGUGAAACUAUUCAUCGGUUAUGAAUGUGCGAUACAUUAAAAUGUUUAGAAUAAUUUCUUUUACAAAACGGCUUUUUUGAAAAAUUUUUAAAAUCAAUAAAUAGAGGUAUUUUUUUUUUUUUGUAUUUGAGGGAUGGAAACAAAAAUUUUAUAUUUUUUUCCAAAUCGAUGUCCGCCUCGGAGACGAACCGAUUGAUAAGAAAAAAAAUAAAAAAAACAUUUAAAACUAACAGCUCUAGAAAAAAUCGGUCGAACAUGGUGGGACAUUCUGUGCCUAUAUUAUACUAUUGCAAUAAAGACGGUCGGAAUCAAAUUCACACUGGCUGGAUGCCUAUAUAAAAUCUGGAGAAACCAGUCGAAGGAAAAUCGUCGUAAAUGUAUAUUAACGGUACGUACGUUUUCUGUGUCCUCCACGUAUUCUUUACGCUUAGCUAUCGCGGCACAUGAAUCGGGCGCCAUUGAUCGAAUACAAGAACAUCACCAAUCGCAUAAACUGGCCGCGUGGAUUGGGCGAGUUGACCGACCAAGGCAUAUGGAACGCGUACCGCGCCGGCCAAGCAUUGCGCGAGCGGUACCUCGGCUUUUUGCACCCGUUGCAGCGGUACACUCCCAGCGAGAUUGACGUGUCCAGCACGUCGGUGGAACGCUGUUACCAGACGGCCGGUUACCUGUUGGCCGGCAUGUACCCGCCCAACGACGAGCAGACAUGGAACCAGCUACUGAGAUGGCAACCGAUACCCAUCAAGACCAGCCUUUCCAAAGACCAUCAACAGGUGAGAUAGGCAUAAACGACUUUCGAGUUUCGGGUUUGGUCUAGACAUCUAAACGUACAUCAUGAUGGGACAUGGGCGCACUUUAUGCCUCAUUUUCCCACACCACUUUCUGACUUGUACGCACUAUAUUAUAACUACACCAAUCAACCAAAAUUCCUCCAGAUUUUAUAGUUUAUUUACUAUUAUCUACAUACAUCGUAUCAAAUCGGUAUUAUCUUAGAGCUAUCGGUCAAACGAUGCUUUUGGACCAACUAAAAUUCUCUAAUUAUUACUUACGAUUUGCGUACAGUUUUUCCCUAUAAGUUUAAAUACAAAUAAUUACUUGAUAAAUAAAAAAAAAAAUAAUGAUAGUUUGCAGUGAACCCAAGUCUAUGUCCGAAAUAUUCAGUGGAAUUACAUGAAGCAACUGAAACAUUCAUGAAUACAGAAAAAUAUAAAAACUUAGUCAAAUAUAUGAAAAACUAUACAUCAUCUACAUUAGAUACAUGUUAUGAUGUAUUAAAGGUAGCAGAUUUCAUUUGGACCGAAGUAGGUACCUUAGUUGAAAUAAAUUAACAUAUCAUUUGUUUCGAAUAAUAGUGAAAUGUUAAAAUUAUAUUUUUCUACAUACUUUAAAUUAUAUAAUUAAAUAUUUGAUCUUAUUAUUCAGCAUAUGGCUAACUAUUCGAUUCCUAAUUGGGCAAUGGAACGAAAAGAUGAUAUUGACAAAUAUAUAUUAUCCAGUAUGGAAAUCUUGGUUGAGACCGAACAAAUGAAACGUUUAUUCUCAGGUAGGUAAUUAAAUUAAAAUUUGUAUUCAUACAAAAGUUAAACAUAUUUAUAUAAAUAAUUGUGUUUAAGGUGAUAUGUUGAAUGAUAUAUUAACACGAAUGGAAGCAUCAAUGAAUAAGUCAUCAGAUGCAAAAAAAAUAUACUUGCACAUAGGUCAUGACUCGACCAUAGUUCCUUUUCUUAAAACACUAAAUAUAGAGAACGUAACAUAUCCCCUUUAUGGAGCUGCGGUUGUAAUGGAAUUAUAUGCAACACCUUCAAAUGAAACUGUUGUAAAGGUAAAAAAAAAAUUAAUCUACAAAUCAUUAAUCAAUUAAUAAUUAUAAAAAUUAACUAGCUAUUAUACAACAAAGACUAUAAAUGGAAAGAGUCGGAUAUAAAAUUAAUCGAAUUACCUGGCUGUCCACAACCAUGUCGACUAGAAGAUUGGCGUACAUACACAAAAAAAAUAAUACCUUUUAAUUUAAGUGAAGAAUGUAAAAAUUAA